GGCCAUGCCCCUGACCCUCACCCUGCCCGGUCCUGCCCCAUGGGGCUUCCGCAUCACGGGGGGAAGAGACUUUGGGAAGCCCAUCACCGUCUCCAAGGUGACGGAGCACGGGAAGGCGGCCGCGGGGGACCUGCGCCCAGGGGACCUCAUCCUCACCAUCAACGGGGAGAGCGCAGCAGAGAUGCUCAAUGUGGAGGCGCAGAAUAAGAUCAAGCAGAGCCCUGGGCAGCUCCGGCUGCAGGUGGAGAGGUCCCCGGUGCCACCUCCCAGCCACACCAAUGGGGACUCCUCACCGGAGAUGCUGGGAGCCCGCUUCCAGGAUGCGCUGCGGAUGCAGGAGGAGAGCGGGGCCGCCCGGAGAGGCUCCAGCCCCGCGCCCUGCAGCGCCCUGCCCGGCAGCACAGGCUCCCGGCUCAUGGAGGACAUGGCCUGGCCCGGCCUCUGCCAGGACCGAGGAAGCCUCCACAGCUCCGCGGGGUCUGCGCUGCCUCCACCCCCCCGCCCACCCUCACCGGGGCUCGGGACCCCCCCAGAGCCCUGGGAGCCCCCCGGGGAUCGGCGCAGCUCUGCAUCCUCUCCCGACCCCUGCAGCAGCCCGGGCUCGGAGCCGGCCAUGAGGCGCUUGGAGGAGGACUCGGAGGUGCUGAAGAUGCUGCAGGAGAACCGGGAGCUGCGGGCGGCCCCGCGCCAGUCCAGCACCUUCCGCCUGCUGCAGGAGGCGCUGCAGGACGAGGCUGGAGGUGACCCCGCAGCGCCCGUCCCCAGCCGCCUCUCGCCCAGCGCCCGCAAACCCAAACCCGCGCCGGGGCUCCCGAGGCUGCCCGCGUGUGAGAAGUGCGGCAGCGGCAUCGCGACGCAGGCGGUGCGCAUCCGGGACGGGCGGUACCGGCACCCCUCCUGCUACGCGUGCGCCGACUGCGGGCUCAACCUGAAGAUGCGGGGCCACUUCUGGGCCGGGGACGAGCUCUACUGUGAGAAACACGCGAAGCUGCGCUACCAGGGCCCCCCCGGAGGCACCAGAGCCCCCGCGGUGCCCCCCCACUCCUGAGCCGCACGCAGGGGGCCAUGGGGAGCUCCCCGCUGCAUCCCCUCGGGCACCCCAAGGGCCCCACUGCUUUGGGAGGG